AUGCGAGAUACAAUAGAAGUAAUGACUGAAUUACAGUAUACUGUUAGUGAAACAAUCUAUCGUAAUAAUGGACAAAUGAUUGAAAUUGUAUAUGAAUAUGAGGAAACAAAACAAGAACAAGUAUGGGAAAAUAUGCAAACUAAACAAGAAACACGUUCAAGAACUUAUCAAGCAUCAAUAACACGUUCGGAAUAUGAACGUAUUGCAAAUAAUGUUCAAUAUAAACGUUAUGUUUUACCAUUUGAUACAUUUGUUACUAUUCUUCGACCAUUAAUGAUGGGUACAUAUGCUGCUGAUGAAGUUCGAGAAGCAUUUCGUUUACUUGAUAAGAAUUCUUCGAAUACAAUUGAUGUUGACGAAUUAGCUGGCUUCUUAUCUGUUUUACAUCCAAUUAUGAGUAGAGAAACUCUAUUAAAUUAUAUUAAUAAAGUAGCAAGAGAUGGUAAACAAUAUAUUAAUUUUGAUGAAUUUAGUCAAAUGAUUUUACGAGGUAUUGGACGAGAUAUUGUAUGUGGUAAUAUUUAA